AUGAGGUUCGAGGAGAUCCUGGACGACGUCGGCGGCUUCUCCAGGUUCCAGUUCUUGAUCCUGCUCAUCCUUUGCCUCCCCCGUGCCAUCCUCCCUCUACACUUCCUCCUGCACAACUUUGUGUCUGCCAUCCCCCCUCACCGCUGCGCCCUGACCAGCCCCGAGGACGGGGACGGGGUUUCCCCCAGCAUGGACCCCGAGUCCCUGGCCCUCAGGAUCCCCCGCCAGGAAGAUGGCUCUCUGAGCUCCUGCAGGAUCUACGAACCCCCGCUGAGCCCGGGCCAGGACCAAGGGAACACGACGGAACCCUGCCCGCACGGCUGGAUCUACGACCAAUCACAGUUCAGCUCCACCACCGCCACAGAGUGGGAUCUGGUGUGUGAUGACAAACAGCUGAAUCAAGCGCUCGCCACCUACUUCUUCCUCGGGGUCACGCUUGGAGCCAUCUUGUUCGGGCAGCUCUCUGACAAGUUUGGCCGUAAGUCGAUGCUCCUGGUGGCGUUACUUUUCUCCAGCAUGCUGGGCGUCACGUCCGCCUUCUCCACUUCCUAUGUCAUGUUCGCCGUCUCCAGAGCGCUGUGCGGCGUGGCACUCAGUGGGCUGUCCAUCAUUGGUGUCGUCCUUGGUAUUGAGUGGACGGACGUGAAACACCGAACCUUCACUGGAACAGUCAUGAGUUUGUCCUGGAGUGCAGGAAACAUGCUUCUGGCUUUAAUGGCCUACUUCAUACGAGACUGGAGACACCUGACGUUGGCGGUGACGGCGCCCUGCACUGCCGCUAUCAUCGCCUGGUGGUGGCUGCCGGAGUCGGCUCGCUGGCUGCUGGCUAACGGCAGAACAGAAGAAGCCAAGAAGUAUCUGGUUCAGUGCGCUAAGAUAAACGGAAAGAACGAGUACACGUCUAAACUGGACUCUGAGACUCUAGCUAAGGUGACCGUGUCAGAGGUGGCCGAGAAGACCCACUCCUACCUGGACCUGGUCAGAACACCUCAGCUGAGGAAGAUCACCCUCUGUUCCGGACUGUUCUGGUUCGCCGUGGCCUUCCUCUACUACGGGAUCAGUUUCAGGAUCUCAGGGUUCGGCGUCAGCAUCUACCUCACGCAGUUCAUCUACGGCGCCAUCGAAGCUCCCGCUAAAAUCUGCACCUUUUUCGUUCUGAACUGGAUCGGCCGGCGGAAUGGCCAGGCAUGGUUUCUGAUCACAACGGGAGCUCUGAUUGGAAUUAACACGGCCAUACCUUUUGAGUACACCAUGCUUCGUAUGUGCAUCGCCGUCGUGUCAAAGGGAUUCUCAGAGGCGGCGUUCACCACGGCGUUCCUGUACACGGCUGAACUCUUCCCGACAGUCCUGAGGCAGUGCGGGAUCGGGUACACUUCCUGUCUUUGUCGGAUCGGGAGCUCGCUCGCUCCACUCGUCAUGCUCCUGGAGGACGUCUGGCUCCUCCUGCCGCCGCUGAUCUUCGCCGGGACGGGGAUCAUCAGCGGGACCUUGGUGUUCAUGCUUCCAGAGACGCUCAACGUCCGUCUGCCUGAAAACAUCUUUGACGUGGAGGAGGGGAGGCACAGACAAUGCGACACAGACGGCGAUGCAAAGAUCGAGCUGAUGAAGCUAAACUCCAAAGAGAUGACGGACGCGCAGGACGACUGA